UUCAACCUACACUACACACUCCACAGAUACAGGGAGCUGGUAGGAGAGGCUGAAGUCCGGCCGCGCGUCCGGCUCGAGAGGCUUCUGUGGAGCCUCCUGUCGGUAAACAGGUAUUAGCGGGGCUUUCACUGAGGUCUAGACCGGAGACGAGGCUGAAGUUGGCGUCUUAUUAAUGAGUGCGCCUUGGAGCGGCUGCAGGUCCGCUCAGCACCGCGGGGUUGUGUAAGUCAGGCUCUCGGUGAAAGUGCUUGAAGCUUCCUGACUGAGAGACUGAAGUGACUCCGGAUGAGAUGGUUCACAGUCUUCAACAAACAGGUGGAUGCUGUCUUUCCAAGCUUGUGUUCAUCAGAUGAGCCAAGGCCAUCAUGAAGAAAAAACCCAAAAAGGCACUGGAGCAGGACGAUCCACUGUGCUGCUGUGAGUAUGUGGACCGACAUGGAGGACGGAGCCAUAUGGCAGCAUGCUGCUGCGACUGUGAGGAUCUGGACGAUGCCUGUGACAGGUGGAUGAAAAGAGAGCCCCAAAAGCCAGAUUCUCUGUCUCGAGUGUCAGCUGUAGUGUCAGAUCGUGUGCGAGUUCCCUGGAUUUCAGGGGCUAAGCAAGUUGAGCUGUCUUUGAUCCCGCCUCUCAUCCUGCUUCCUGUCCUCCUGCACAUCGCUGCUCUGCAUUACCUGCUGGGUAUUGUGGUCCUGACUGCCCUGCCCGUCAUAGUGCUUUGGUAUUACUACUUCACCCACCGAAAGAAAGGACGCACUCUGUUCUUCCUCAGCCUUGCACUUUUUUCACUUUUCUACAUGUACUACCUCUUCCUCACCGAGGUCGUUCCACAAGGUGACAUCAGUUAUCUGCAGGUGGGUGUUGUGACGAUAGGCGUUGCCCUGACAAUCACUGCCCUUAUACAUACCAAGAGAGGGCCGGGCUAUGUCAGGCCCCACCCCUCUGAUACUCACAGCACAGUGACCUAUCACACCCCUCCACCGGACAUAGACUCCACAUACCACAAUGGCUCACGGCACCAGGUGGUGUUAACCAAUCACAGGAGUCCUCCAGAGCAGGAGGCUGAAUCUGGAGCAGAUCCAGGUGGCUCGCUGCAAAAGGACACAGUGAAGAAGAACUGGUGUCCAGUAUGUCGGGUGGUGAAACCCCUGAGAGCAGGACACUGCAGGAUCUGUGGAGUUUGUGUUCUGCGGCUGGACCACCAUUGCGUCUGGAUUAACAGCUGUGUGGGGCAGGCCAAUCACCGCAGCUUCCUACUGACGCUCCUUCUCUUCCUGUCGACCUCGGUGUACGGAAUCAACCUGGUACUGCGCAGUGUGUGUCCCACACAGAGCAUACUGACCGCCUUGUUCUACUGCCCUGACGUCUACAGCCAAUACAGUUCGGCCUUGUGCUUCACCUGUGCCUGGUACAGCAGCAUUGUCACAGGAGGGCUGCUCCACCUGCUGGUUCUCCAGCUCAUCAACGUCAGCUACAACGUGACAGAGCGCGAGGCUCGGAUUGCUCUGAGGGAGAAAACGGGACGCAGUCUCUACUGGGGCUUUGUCAUCGACACAGGGGUCUACUCGCGGGGCUUCCGCGGAAACUGGACAGAGUUUCUGACCAUGAGUGCGGCGCUGGAGACGCCCACCAUCAAACCAGCGGACCUUGUGUAGAGUCCUCAGACCUGGCCAAGGGAUAGGGCCUUAAGAAAGAGGACGUAUUGAGGACAGUGGGAAGCCGUGGUAUUCAAGGGUCGCUUACUUUCUGAUUAAUUGCCGUCCCAAGGUCAGCUUUAUUGUCCUGAUGAUUGUAGUCAUGGUGUAAACAGACAUCAAAGGGAUUGAUAAGCCAGAUUAGUUGGCAGAAAGGUGGUAGCUAUUUUUUUAUCCACUAGAUGGCAGCAUUAUGCUAGAAUUCUUCUGGCUACACUGAAAUCACAAUGCAUGAUCAGUACAAGUAGAUGGAAAGGACAUGGGAGGUAAUCUGCUUGUCAUAGAUAGCUAAUUGCCCACCUGGCCCAUCAUCUGUGCGAGUCAUAAGCCAUAUAUAAUGACAUGGAACCAUAACGUGGUGGAUGAAUCGUCAACCGCGACACCUUAUCUUCAGUAUUGUCAGAGCUGUUCUGUAUUAAUGCUGCUCUCUCUCUCUGCUAUCCAGAAUUUUAAGUGUUUUUGUCUGUGUUGUGUACACAUCGUUUUAUGAACCAACAUGAUUUAGGGCCUUGCCGGGACAUCAAAACCAGACAGCACAACAAUGUGUCCACGUCCGGAAACACCAGACAGCUUUAAAACUCAGAUGGCAGCAAGCUGAAUGUUCUGUUUGUAGGGGCCAACAGCAGGUGUUGUCAAAGGACAUUAUGUAUGUGUGUUUUUAUGUUUAUGUCCUUCAAAUGGGGACGAGUCUUUGAUAUUAAUCAAAGUUAAGCUAGUCAAGUUGCAUCGCUUAGAAACUCUGGUGACAAUAAUUACCAUCACAUCUGUGAGUUUAAAAAAAGGGAGUUAUACAUCCAAAGCCUCGAGGAAAGCACGACUUUACACACAAACACAGAAUUUGUCGGUCUUAACCACGCUGUGUUUUGUUAGGAGUUUAAUUUUAAUUGGUGUGUCUUUAAUACAUCAGUGACAAGCUGCUCGAUUUGAUUGUGAGUCAUGAAAGGAGAAAUAAAAGAGAUUAACUAA